CUGCUCGCUGUCGAUGGCGGCGCACAUAAAUCGCUGAGCUCCCAACAAGUUUUCAGCUUCAAGGUCUUCGCUCCCAAGUCGCUCGGAAGUUCGGUUCGGAUCCCCUUCGUUCCCCACGAGUAAGCGGAGCGCCCUCCGCUCCGACAUGGCGGCUUCCCCGCGGUUGUCCCCCCUGGCGGCGGUCGCCCUGACGGCGGCCGCCCUGAUGGUCGGCGUCGGCGCGGCCAUGGACGAGUGCGCGGACGAGGAGGGGCGCGCGCAGCGCUGCAUGCCGGAGUUCGUGAACGCCGCCUUCAACGUCACCGUGGUGGCCACCGACACGUGCGGAAGCCCCCCCGAGGAGUACUGCGUCCAGACGGGGGCCACCGGGGUCACCAAGUCGUGCCACAUCUGCGACGCCCGCGACCCCCGCAACCAGCACGGCGCCGCCUACCUGACGGACUACAACAACCAGCAGGACACCACCUGGUGGCAGAGUCAGACCAUGCUGGCCGGGGUCCAGUACCCCAACGCCAUCAACCUCACCCUGCACCUCGGUAAGGCGUUCGACAUCACCUACGUGCGCCUCAAGUUCCACACGAGCCGUCCCGAGAGCUUCGCCAUCUACAAGCGCGGCGGCGAGGACGGCGCGUGGACGCCUUACGCGUUCUACAGCGGCUCGUGCGAGAAGACGUACGACAAGAGCAAUCGCGGCUUCAUCCGCACCGGCGAGGACGAGCGGCGGGCGCUGUGCACGGACGACUUCAGCGACAUCUCGCCGCUCACCGGCGGCAACGUAGCCUUCUCCACGCUGGAGGGGCGGCCCGGCGCCUACAACUUCGACCGCAGCCCCGUCCUGCAGGACUGGGUGACGGCCACGGACAUCCGAGUGACCUUGAACCGCCUGAACACGUUCGGCGACGAAGUGUUCAACGACCCCAAAGUGCUCAAGUCGUACUACUACGCCAUCUCCGACUUUGCCGUGGGCGGAAGGUGCAAGUGCAACGGCCACGCCAGCGAGUGCGUGAAGGACGGCGGAGGACGUCCGGUGUGCAAUUGCAAACACAACACGGAGGGAGCCGACUGCCAGGCGUGCCGAGCGUUCUACAACGACCGGCCGUGGAGGCGAGCCACCGCCGCCGACGCCAACGAGUGUCUGCCGUGCGACUGCAACGGGAAGAGUUCCGAGUGCUACUUCGACGCCGAGCUGUACCGGGCCACGGGUCACGGAGGUCACUGCGAGAACUGCGCCGACAACACGGACGGACCCGGGUGCGAGCGCUGCGUGGACCGCCAUUACGGACGCGACGACGGCCGCUGCCUGCCCUGCGCCUGCGACGCUGUCGGUUCUGAAUCUCCUCAGUGUGACAACCGAGGCGUGUGCGCGUGCAAACCAGGUGUGACGGGAGAAAAGUGUGACCGCUGUCAGCCUGGAUUUCACAGUCUCACCGAGGCCGGAUGCAGGCCGUGUUCGUGCUCGCCAUCGGGAAGCACUCAAGAAUGCGACGUCGACACGGGACAAUGUCGCUGCAAGGAAAACGUGGAGGGAUUCGCCUGCGACAGGUGCAAGCCGGGCUUCUUCAACAUGGACGCCAGUAGCGCCGAAGGCUGCUCUCUGUGUUUUUGCUUCCUUCACUCAUCUGUGUGCGACAGCGCGCCCGGCUUCAGCGUGCACACGCUUCGCUCCACCUUUGAGAGAGAUGACGAGCAGUGGACGGGCCAGCAGCGCGACGCGUCCAGCGUGCCGGUGAAGUGGUCGCCCGACGCUCAGGACAUCUCGCUGCUCUCCGAAGACUACUUCCCCAUGUACUUCGUGGCUCCAGACAAGUUUUUGGGCGAUCGACUGCUGAGCUUCGGUCAGAACCUGAGUCUGAGUUUCCGCGUGGAUCGUCGCGACACCCGCUUGUCCGCCGAGGACCUGGUCCUGGAGGGCGCCGGUCUGCGGGUGGCCGUGCCCCUCAUCGCCCAGGGCAACGCCUACCCCAGCGACGAGAAGCACGACUACGUCUUCAGACUCCGCAACGGCGCCGACUACCCUUGGCGGCCGGCCGUCAGCCACUCGGACUUCCGGAAGCUUCUCCGCAACCUGACGGCCGUCAAGAUCCGCGGCACCUACAGCGAGAAGAGCGCAGGUUACCUGGACGACGUGACCCUGGUGACGGCCCGGCGGGGCCCGGGGGUCCCGGCCCGCUGGGUGGAACAGUGCACGUGCCCUCAAGGCUACGAGGGCCAGCACUGCGAGCGCUGCACGCCCGGGUACCGCCGCGCCCGCCCGCAACUCGGAGCCUUCGGGGCCUGCGAGCCCUGCGAUUGCAACGGGCACAGCGGCACCUGCGACACGCAAACGGGCGCGUGCGACUGUCAGCACGACACGGGGGGCUCGAGCUGCGAGCGCUGCCGCGACGGUUUCUACGGCGACGCCACCAGGGGGACGUCGUCGGACUGCCGGCCGUGCCCGUGUCCCGCCGGCGCCGCCUGCGCCGCGGUCCCCAAGAGCGGCCAGGUGGUCUGCACCGACUGUCCCGCCGGCACCGCAGGUAAGCGGUGCGAGCUGUGCGGCGACGGUUUCUUCGGGGACCCCCUGGGCGAGGGCGGUCCGGUGCGCGCGUGCCGCGCGUGCAAGUGCAGCGACAACAUUGACCCCAACGCCGUGGGCAACUGCGACCGCGAGACGGGCGAGUGCCUCAAGUGCAUCUACAACACGGACGGCUUCUUCUGUGACCGAUGCCGGGACGGUUUCUACGGCAACGCCCUCGCCGCCGACAAGUGCAAGGCCUGCGCCUGUUCCCCGCGGGGCACGGCGGGCGCUCAGACGAGCUGCUCCGGGGUGACGGGCCAAUGCCCGUGUUUGCCCGACGUGGUCGAGCGCGACUGCAGCGCCUGCCGGCCGGGAUUCUUCAACCUGCGGAGCGGAAACGGCUGCGAGCGGUGCGACUGCGACGCCAUCGGCUCCACCAACGGGCAGUGCGACAUCAACAGCGGGCAGUGCGAGUGCCAUCCGGGCGUCGCCGGGCCCAGGUGCGAGCGCUGCGAGGUCAACUUCUUCGGCUUCAGCUCAUCCGGAUGCAAACCCUGCGACUGCGACCCCGAGGGCGCCCAGUCGGGUCAGUGCCAGGAGGACGGACUCUGCCGGUGCCGGCCGGGCUUUGUGGGCGCCCGCUGCGACAUGUGCGAGGAGAACUACUUCUACAACCGCUCGGCGCCCGGAUGCCAGCAGUGCCCUUCCUGCUACAGUUUGGUCCGGGACAAGGUGAACCAGCACCGUCAGAAGAUCCACGAGCUGCAGACGCUCAUCGACAACCUGGCGUCCGGUCAGGAGACGGUCAGCGACGCGGCCUUCGAAAACCGCCUGAAGGAGGCCGAGCGGGCCGUCCUCGACCUCCUGGACCGGGCGCGCUCCAGCAAGGACGCGGACCUGGGCCUGCUGGAGCGUCUGAACGUCAUCAACGGCUCGCUGACCACGCAGUGGAACCGUCUGCAGAACGUGCGCGGCACGGUGGAGCGGACGGGCGCGCAGGCGGACCGCGCGCGCAACCGCGUCCGCCAGGCCGAGAACCUCGUCGACCGAGCCCGACGGGAGCUGGACAAGGCCAAAGACGCCGUCGCCAAAGUGGACAUCAAGUCUCCGAGCGGCGACGGCGAGCCCAACAACGUGACGCUGCUGGCCGAGGAAGCGCGCAAGUUGGCCGACAAGCACAAGACGGACGCCGACCAGAUCGAGAAGAUCGCCAAAGACGCCAACGACACGUCCGCUAAAGCGUACAACCUGCUCCUCAAGACACUCGACGGGGAAGGGAAGACCGCUCAGCAGAUCGACGAGCUCAACAGGAAGUACAAGGAGGCGCUGGAGCUGGCCACGAGUUUGGAGAAGCAAGCCAACAAAGUCCAAGCGGAGGCGGAGGAGGCAGGGAACCACGCCCUCCAGAUCUUCGCCAACCUCACCGGCCUGCCGCCCUUCGACACGCGCGCCCUGGAGGAGGAGGCCGACAAGAUCAAGAAGGAGGCCUCCGACUUGGACAGACUUAUCGACAAGACGGCGAAGGAGUACAAUGAGCUGAGGGACGACCUCAGGCCCAAAGAGCAGGAAGUCCGCAAACUUCUGGAGACAGGGCGAAGUGAACAGCAGACCGCUGACCAGCUUCUGGCCCGCGCCGACGCGGCCAAGGCCACGGCGGAGGAGGCCGCCAAGAAGGCUCGGUCCACCUUCCGCGAGGCCGAGAGCAUCCUGGACGACCUGCGAGAUUUCGACCGGCGCGUCGACGACAACAAGACGGCGGCGGAGGACGCCUUGAGGAGAAUCCCGGGCAUCGACGCCACCGUCGCGGCCGCCCGGGCCAAGACGCGCCAGGCCGAGGCGGCGCUGGGAAACGCCGACGCCGACGCCGGGCGUGCCAAGACCAAGGCGGAGGAGGCCGAGCGAAUCGCCGCCGACGUGCAGAAGGGUUCGGCCAAGUCCAAGGAGGACGCAGAGAGAGCCCUGCAGGACGCCAACAAGCUGGACGGCGAGGUGGACACCAUGAUGGAUGAGCUGAGCGCGGCCGAGGACCAACUGAGGAACAAGAAGGCCGAGGCCGACCGGGACAUGAUGAUGGCCGCCGUGGCGUCGGCGAACGCCAAGGAGGCAGAGGACAACGCCCGCAAGGCUAAAAGCACAGUCAAGACUGUCCUCAGCACCAUCGCCGCCCUGCUGGAGCAACUUGGAAACAUCGACAAAGUGGACGUGGGCAAACUGACGCAAAUCGACGAGUCGCUGCGGCGCGCCAAGGACAAGAUGGCGGACAGCGAGCUGGACAGGAAGUUGACGGAACUGAAUGACGUGGCGCGCACGCAGGAGGCCAUGAUCGGCGACUACGACCGACAGAUCCGAGAGAUCCGAGCGGACAUCGCCAACCUCAACGACAUCAAGAACACGCUGCCCGACGGCUGCUUCAACACGCCGUCCCUGGAGAAGGCCUAGACGCCGCCGACCGCCACAAACAUGCCCACUUUACCAAAACUCUCCACUUUGAUUCUUGUCUUUUUUUUUUUUUUUUUUUUAAACUGUGCGUCCGCGUAAAGCACCAGAGAACAGCACAAACCCCAUGAGACUGCACGCGUGCCGCCGCCGCACGCGGGAAGGAAGGCCCUCCCGCUUCAGUUUCCUGCGCGUGAGCCAGCGUUACCAUCGUUGUUACCCAUCGUGCCCCGCCCCAUGCAGGAAGGGCUCACCGGCAGUGAAGCUCCGCCUCCCCGCCGCGUAACAUAUUCUCGUAUGUGACAUCAUCAUCAUCUUCAUCGCCGGAAUUGUAGUCAUCGCGUCCGGAGGGAUCCCGCUGGGGUCCGUCUUGAGCCACUUGAGCAUUUUAUUCAAUAUCCUAUGAAUGGCGCUGCAUUAUCAACGAAAAAUAGUGCUCUGGCUGUGAGUAAAUGCUCCGAAGUCUUUCCAUAAAGCUGUUUGAGCAUUUAUUCCGUAUCCUUCGUAUACAGGUUCACGUCCGUUUUAUAAUUCAGCACGCUAGUACACUGCGAAAUCUUACCAGGAAUAUUUGUUUUUAUUUCUUUUCAAAAUGAAUCUGAUUACACUUCAAACAAGACUCAUCACCUAAAAAGCUGUAGACAAUUUUCACUUGUUACAAGCAAAAUUUCACUUGAAGUAAGUUAAAUUUGCCACUGUAAUAAGACCAAAAAAAACUUACUCCACUGACCAUUUAUUUUCUAUCAAUGCAUCCAUUUUCCGUACCGCUGAUCCUCACUCGGGUUGCGGGUGCGCUGGAGCCAAGCCCGCUAUCUUCGGGCGAGAGGCGGGGAACACCCUAAACUGGUCGCCAGCUACCUCAAGUAAAAACUUGCUUGAAACAAGUGAAAAUUGUCUAAAACCUUUGAGGUAAUGAGUCCUUUUACUAGAAAUACGACAAAUAUUCUUGGUAAGAUUUGGAGUGUAGGCUAUUGAAUAAAUACUUAAACCACUCCGGCGUACUCUAUAUUCGAUAGCCUGCUAGUGCGCUGAAUAAUAAAUGAAAACUUGUUUGCUUUAAAGAAAUGCCAAACAGCUUUGUGGCAAGCUGUUUGAGCAUUUAUUCCAUUAAAUUAGAUGGAAUUAGAUGGAUAUCAAAGACAGCCAAUAAUGUUUGGGGAUAUUGCUGCACAGUAGUAUAGUUAUAAUGGUUAAUUGCAUACUAGUAAGCUAAAAGUGGCACUAGUAAAGGAAAAACACUUUCCGAGGACGACAAAGUCGCUCUAUAGUCCAUUGACUUGUCAUACUAGUGAGGACAGAGCGUAAUAGUACAUGGGCCUUACAUUGAUAGGGAAUAAAUGCUCCCAACGGCUUUGCAUAACGUGACAUCAUGUGAAAUCACGUGAUGUCAUGUGACUGCACACAGGAAGUCCCUCCCACUGUGCGAGCCGACAUCACCCAUUAUGCCCCGCUGUGUAACGUUUGUUCUUCUCGUACAUGACGUCAUCAUCACCGCCACUUCCUGAGCGAACCCACAGGGAUCCAUCUCGAGCCUCCCUUACAUUACCCGUCGUGCACCGCUGCUUAACGUUUGUUCUUCUCGUAUGUGACGUCAUUCUCACCGUCGUCGUCAUUAUCACGAGGGAACCCACAGGGAUCCAUCUUGCGCCUCAUUUAGCAACUGAGCUAACGCCAGAUGCUAAGCUAAACGUGUUUGCUGUCAGUCAAUCGUGCGAAGCGAGCGAGCCGCCAAUCGGGACGCGCCCGUGUUGGUCAGUCCCGCCUCCGCUCGCCGCUGUUCCCGCAACCUAGUCCACCCCUUCUCAAGUCACACGUUGCCAUGGCGGCGUCGCCCGGACUCUAUGCAACUUUUGUACAUUUGCUCUGAUACACUGGUGCUAAAGAUGUUUUUUUUAAUCACGUUUUUGUGUAAAUAGCGACGACGGCGGACGGCUCGUCGAUGUCGCCAUUUUCUUGUUCUUUUAUCUCGUGUCACGUGACUGAAGAUGUAGUUAACCUUUUGAAUUUUAAUGACUUUGUGCCUUAAUAUGAACUUUUGUGUGUGUAAUCAAAACAAGAACACUAUGACCUUUGACCUCCAUCCAUCCAUCCACGUAUAGACAAUGUAAGCACACGUGUGUAAUAAACAGUAUUGUUAAGUUA